AUGGGAUACAAUUAUGACAAUAGUGAAAUUGUUGUUAUAAAUCAGUUACAAGAAGAAUUGAUUCAAUUUUUUCAAGUGUUAAACAAAAAAGACAAAUCACCAUAUGCAUCAAUAUCAAUAAAAAAUUGCUUUGCUGCUAUACAUAGACUUCACAAACAUUUAGAUGGCAAAAUUAAAAAAAUACAAGAUUUAAGCAUAAUCAAACAGAAAAAAUCUGACUCACUCAAAUAUGAUGAAAUUUACCAAAUUUUAACACAUCCUGAGUUAAACAAAGGCACACCAUUAUCCAUCACUUAUAAAACCUAUUUUUGGUUAUGUUUCUUGUGUGGUUUUUGUGGUGGAGAUGCUCAAAGAUUAAAAUUGGCAAAUGUGGAAUUAGCAGCUAUUAAUGGACUGACAAUUACAAUUCCUUGUGGAAAAAACAAUGCUGGCUAUAGUUUGCUGAAAAUCUCUAUAAAAAACUGUAAUAAUGUUCAAAUAAAUCUUCAAAAGAUUAAAUUUUUAAUGUUUAUAAUUGAUUCAUGA